GGGAGUACUAAGCGAUCAAGGACGAUCAGUCAAUCAGGUUGUGACUCUAGACACGAUGUCCGAAUCGCUUGAUUUGCCAAUCCUGAACUUGAGCGAUGAGUUCGAGAAAAUUCGAGUCCUCUCAUCGCCAAAUGUGGCAAAUGGUUCUUUUGGGUCGGUCUUAGAAGUCUACAAGGCCAAGAAUCCUUCCAACGUGAUAGACAUCCUCUAUUUGGCAGUGAAGAAGUAUCCACAAUCCAUCCCGAGUCUAUCCAAAGUCUACAACAAGUCCUUGAAGGACUUGAAGCAUAAACAUCUGGUCAGGAUCUUCGGUGAAACCACUCUCUCGGAUGGCCUUGUUGGAUUAGUGACGGAAGCUCAUCCAACGAACUUGCGGUCACUUUUGAACAAAGGGCCGGAAUUCGGGAAACCCCUGGCGAUCAACGGGAUCCGGAAUGUCAUUUCGCAAGUUCUUGACGGUCUAAUCUACCUACAUAUGCGCAAAGUGGUGCUGAUUCAUUUGAAACCCGAGAAUGUCAUUUUGGAUUCUCUCACACCACAAGUGACCAUGGUGGACUCAAAAGUUAAGAUUUCCGACUUUGGUUUUUUUCCAGAAGCCUUAUUGAGCGACAUCAAGGCCAAGGGUGGUUCCAAUAUGAUUUAUUUGGCUCCCGAAUUAAAGAAGUCUCAACCCGUCCCCAAAAUAAAACCGUCGGCUGACAUCUUCUCCUGUGGAAUGAUCACUUUCGAGAUGAUCUGUGGGCGAUCACCCAGAGUGACAGAUAAGCUGUCAAUGAUCCCAAAUCCGACCUUGCAAGACUUCGUUCGACUGAUGGUGAAACGCAAUCCUUCUGAGCGGAUUGGGGCUGAGCCUAUCUUUACACACUCAUUCCUCAGGAGUUAAAAGUUGAAGAAAAUAGCAAGGUGCGCUUGAGUAAUUGAGUGGAUCAGCAUAUUUCAAGAUGGAAGGAGGGUUGAAAUUUAAAGCAGAAAUAUUCCUGGAAUUGCAACAGUUCUAAAAAAAACAUUGAACUAAGCAACGAAUGACAAUUAAAAACAAGGUACUUUAUGUAUGAAUUGGAAUAAACGAAACUAAUUGUAA